AAGAUUGUACCUUUUCUGAGACAAAGAAAGAAUGUCAAUGUUGCUGAGGAUGACAGGCUUGGUUGCUAGAGCCAUGUUCAUGCAAUUAACCAUGGGGGCGAAUUACACUGUUGGAGGUGCAAUUUUUCAAUAUACUCCGAACUACGAUGUGCUCGAAGUCUCAAAGUCAGAUUAUGAUAACUGCAAGGCAAGCAAUGCUCUUCAGACUUACACUGAUGGAAACACGGUCAUACCUCUUCCUUCUCCUGGAAAGAGAUAUUUUAUAUGUGGGACAAUAGGGCAUUGUCUCCAAGGAAAGAAAAUGGAGGUAGACACUAUGGCAAGUUCUGCAACCCCGCAGCCUGUUGCUUCUCCGGUUGCUACCCCGGUUCCUGUUUCAACUACAAAAGCUUCUACUCUCUCACCGACAGAGUCUCCAAUACCAAUAGACGCUGUGAUUCCUCCAUCACCAUCUGAGUCACCAUCGAUCAGCCCUUCCUUAUCUCCAGAUGCUUCAGUGAUUGAGUUCCCGGCAUCGUUCCCUUCCCCAGGCGGUCUUCAAUGGCCAACACCGACACCUCCCUCAUCAGCUAACAAAGACAGCUUCCAAACAUGUCUUGUCUGGGAAUUUGGCCUUGUUGCAAUGAUGUUUUAGGUAUUCUAAAGCAUCCCAGAUCCUUUCUGAAAAUGAGAUUAUCUUUAUGAAAGAUUUUCCUUCUGUAAUUUUCAGCUGUCUCCUGUCUGUUGCAUAUAUGUUAGGAAUUUCUAGACAAAUAUUUCCCAAUGAAGUGUGCAUCUUGUC